AUGGCUAUGGCUCCUCCCCGGAAGGGAGAGAACUACGAGCUUCGUCAACAGCUCAACUCGGAGUAUAGGGAUAAACGAGCAGAUGCUAUCAAGAGGGUGAUUGCGAAUCAUACGAUAGGUAAAGAUUGUAGUGGACUGUUCCCGGAUGUCGUGAAGAAUAUGCAAACAGACGAUUUGGAACAGAAGAAAUUGGUUUAUCUAUAUCUCAUGAAUUACGCUAAAACACAACCUGAGUUGGUGAUUCUGGCUGUGAAUACAUUUGUCAAGGACACUGCAGAUCCCAACCCUCUUGUUCGAGCAUUAGCUAUCCGAACCAUGUCUAUCCUCCGUGCCGAGAAGAUCCUAGAUUACCUGGCGUCACCACUAUCGAGAUGUCUGAAAGAUGAUAAUCCCUAUGUCCGAAAGACCGCUGCGCUGUGUGUCGCCAAAGUGUUCGAUCUGAAACCUGAAUUAUGUGUGGAAUAUGGGUUUGUCGAGACGUUGAGGGAUUUAAUCGGAGAUGGGAAUCCUAUGGUCGUAGCCAAUGCUGUAGCAGCCCUCGCAGACAUAUACGAAGCUUCCCUCAACCUCCCUGAUACUCCCCCCACCUCACCAGGAAGAUCAUCACCUCCACCAUCAUCUAAACCCAACCCAGAACUAUUCAUCAUCGAUCCACCUACGUUGACUAAAUUGCUGGUAGCGCUCAACGAAUGUUCCGAAUGGGGUAGAAUAGCGAUCUUGAAUACUUUGGCGAGGUAUAAGGCUUUGGAUGAAAAGGAAUCGGAACAUAUAUGCGAGAGGGUGAUGCCUCAAUUCCAACAUGUGAAUGCGGCGGUGGUUCUCGGUGCUGUCAAGGUAAUAAUGAUACAUAUGAAAGCGGUGACUCGAGAAGAUCUGAUCAAAUCACUCACUAGAAAGAUGGCUCCUCCAUUAGUAACACUCAUAUCCUCACCACCUGAAGUGCAAUGGGUUGCCUUGCGAAAUAUCAACUUGUUACUUCAGAAAAGACCUGAUAUAUUAGCUAAUGAGAUGAGGGUGUUUUUCUGUAAAUACAAUGAUCCACCUUAUGUCAAAGUUGAGAAAUUGGAUAUAAUGGUCAGAUUGGCUAGUGAGAAGAAUGUUGAUACGCUUUUGGGCGAGUUAAAGGAGUACGCCUCGGAAGUCGAUGUUGAUUUUGUGAGGAAAGCGGUCAGAGCAGUUGGUCAAGUGGCUAUCAAGAUUGACGAAGCUGCUGAACGAUGUGUGGGAGUUUUGAUGGAGUUGAUAGAGACUAGAGUGAGCUACGUGGUCCAGGAAGCGGUCAUAGUCAUCAAGGAUAUAUUCCGGAAAUACCCACACUCGUACGAAGGUAUAAUUCCCACGUUAUGCUCGAACCUCGAAGAACUCGACGAGCCAGAAGCCAAAGCUUCUUUGAUUUGGAUCAUUGGUGAAUAUGCCGAGAAAAUCGAGAAUGCAGAUGAGUUGCUGGGAACUUUCUUAGAAUCCUUCAAGGAAGAAAGUUAUCCUGUGCAACUGCAAACCCUCACUGCCAUUGUCAAGUUGUUCUUGAAGAAACCGGAUGAAAGUCAGACAAUCGUGCAAAAGGUAUUGCAAGCGGCUACGAAAGAUUGUGAUUCUGCGGAUGUAAGGGACAGGGCCUAUAUCUAUUGGAGGUUGCUCUCGUCAGAUCCCGCUGCUGCUAAGUCCGUCGUACUUGCUGUCCGACCACCCAUAUCAUUACCUCAGACCACAGUCGCACCAGCCAUACUCGAAGAACUCCUCGCUGAGGUAUCGAGCUUGGCGAGUGUCUACCAUAAACCUGCUGCUACGUUCAUCGGUAAAGGUAGAUUGGGUGCUGAGGAAAUGCAAAGACGAGCAUUGGAACCGGAGGAAGAGAACGCCCGAGAAAAGGCGUUACAAACCGUCGUAGCAGGUCAACAAGCAGAGAACCUGUUAGAUUUCGAUGCAGACGACGAGCCGCAACCAUCUUCCGUUGGUGGUUCACAGUCAUUAUCAAUGUUGGGUAACGGUAGUAUAUCAUCAAGUACGAUAUCGAACGUUGCUAAAUCGACCAACCCCUUGGACGAAUUGAUGGACUUGUUCUCUACUGCUUCGAUGACCACUCCGGCUACUCAGCCGGUCGCUCCGAAAUCCACCGUUAGUGGGAUACAGGGAUUACAAGAUGAUCGGCAAGAUACGAAUACUACGCAUGAUGCGUUUGCUGGAUUGACUGGAUUGGGUUCUCCUCCUCAAGGAUUGGGUAAUGGUAGUGGUGUUACUAGUCCGGUUCAAUCACAGGGACAAGGGCAGCAGAGUGGUGGUGCUCAAGAUGAUCUGUUGGGACUGUUCUAG